UAGAAGAAGACGCACUCUGCUGGUUCAACUAUGAUAUUGAAUAUGGGGAUUUUGUGGAUUGGAUGGAUUUCAAGAAGAGGUUGUUGGCCAGAUUUGCAGAAUCUUUUGAGAAAACUCCUGGGAAGAGGUUGUUUUGCUUACAACAGACGGGAUCGAUUGCUGAGUAUGUUCGGGAGUUUCAGGAGUUGGUUUCUCAAAUCAAAUUGGCGGAAGCACAUAAGAUUGACAUAUUCUUUAAUGGUUUGAAACGAGAAAUGAAGGAAGUGAUCAAAAUGAAGGAACCUCAAACACUUUCAGAUUAUAUUGAGACAGUCCUCAAGAUGGAAGACAGUGAGUUUUGCAAAUUGUUCGCUUCAGUGAAGGGUCAAGAGAAUCGCGUGAACAAACAAUCAUCAAGCUCCACCUUUCGUUCAUUACCAUCGUCAGCUCAAAACAGCGUUAACAAGCCUAAACUUUUCGAGCAAGCUGCAAGACAAUCAGCUCCAUCGUUGAAUCCGAAGCAAGGUCGAGUUAAACUGUCUGAUGCUGAGUUUGAGCAUAAGAAGAAGAAUGGGAUUUGUUUCUCAUGCGAUGAGAAGUGGUCUAGAGCGCACUCAAAUACCUGUAAGAACAAAAACUUACAAGUGAUGGUGGUAGUACAAGGGAGUGAAGUAGAGCUGGUUGAUGAAGAAUUCCAUGAUUCUUGUGAGGAAUUAUUCGGUACAACUACGGAGAUUUGUGAACUAACGUUGUACUCGUACAUGGGUUGGUCAUCUCCAACCACAACAAAGAUUGAAGGGAAGAUAGGGAAAACAAGAGUGGUGGUUUUGAUAGACAGUGGUGCUACUCACAACUUUCUAUCUCCAGAUAUAGUGAAGAAGGCUCAGUUAACAGAAAUUCAAUCAUCAUCCUUUAAAGUGUUGGUGGGAACAGGAAGUGUAGAUGUGGUUCUAGGCAUACAAUGGCUACGUACAUUGGGCAGAUGUGAGGUCGAUUGGGAGAAACAAGAAUUGUCAUUUUUCACACCAACGGGAAGAGUCACAUUGGUGGGUGAUAGAGACUCGAAAGCUAAGGGGUCAGCAUUGCAAACAAUAUCAGCGGGUAUAUCCCUUCAACACGGGACUUGCUCCUUGUUUACAAGCGAAGAUCAGAAGAGUGGUGUGAUUCCACAAUCACUAGAAGGAUUACUGAAGCAAUACUCAAGUAUUUUUCAGGAACCUACAGAAUUACCACCACAGAGGGGUUAUGAGCAUUCAAUACGAUUGAUAGAAGGAGCUGGGACAGUAGCAGUCAGACCAUAUUGCUAUCCUCAUGCACAUAUGGAAGUGAUAGAACAGAUAGUUUCUCAAAUGCUACAGUCGGGAGUUAUACGUCCUAGCAGAAGCCCGUACGCGAGUCCUAUAUUACUGGUUAAGAAGAAAGAUGGAGGAUGGAGGUUUUGUGAAGAAAGGGUUUAUGGCUAGGUAGGGUUUAGGGUUAGGUAGGGUUUAGGGUUAGUAGGGUUUAGGGUUAGGUAGGGUUUAG